AUGUUAUUUUGGUUGCAGGAAGUUUUUUGUUCAACACAAAUAUUAGAUCAAAAUUUACCAUUAGAUCUAAGAAUAAAUAAAGCAGAUAUUUCAAGAGCAUCUGAAAACAAAGAAUUAUGUGAACAUGAAAGGUUACAACAAAAAAGUCAAGAAUCGACUAAAACAGAAGUUGAAUAUAUGAAUGAUAUUCAAUUUAAUUCUAAUUUUUUAACAGAUGGUACAGGUAAAAAUUAUAAUAGCAGACAUAAAAAUGCUGAUUAUGGUUUAUUUAAUUUUUCGCCCUCAACAACUGCAACUAAUGAUUUAGUGGCACACAGCUUUACAAGAAGUACAGUUAUUAAGUAUGCAUCUAAAAAACGCCAUUGUGCGUCAGAAGAAUCAAGAAAUGACACAAAACGUUUCAAAACCUCAACCAGUAGUAGAACUGAUAUAUCAGAACAUUCUUACUUAAAUAGAUUUUGGAAUAAUGAUACUCAUUUAUUAUUACAAAAAAACCAAAAUGAUUUAAUACAAGAGCAAUA